UAAGUUAUAUAUAUAUAUAUAUAUAUAUAGGUGCAGCGAAGGUGAACAAUCGGUCUUUGUUGAAAGAAUUAACAACAAUAUGACUAGGUUUCUAGGAAUUGUUGUCGUCGUUUCUGUUUUAACAAUUUGUUUGGGACUGGAGUAUCCAUGGAAUGGUCCGUGCAGAGCCGCUUACGAUGGUCCUUACAAAGAGUCGGAGACUAAGGAAUACACCGCUAAAGCUGACUGCACUGAGGGUCGCUUUGACUGGAACUACCCCGUAGGCACAACGGUGUUUCACAUGCAAAGUUCAGUUUACAAGAAUUUCCAGUUUUGUUUUGAAGAUUUAUACGGCUCACAGCUGGCUGGAUACUGGAAAAUUUACGAUGUCACUGGCGGCCAGAACGUUCCAAUUGCUAAACCCAAGGGAAGAGGGGUCGUCAUCUGCCGCCAGUCUAGAAAUGGCAGAGUUGACCUUCGUCUGGAAGCGACAGAUGAUAAAACUUACGUCGCAGCGUUUGUUUACAAACUAGAGACCAACUGAUGUUCCCCUUCCCACGGAGCUAAGCGCAAAGUCAGUGUAUGGCAUGGUGAAGACAAUUUUGUGAAUGCACCUUGUGAAAAUUUGAAAUAAACCAAUGUAC